AUGGCAGCAGCUACUAUCUCCUCACUGAAUCCACAAUCGCUCGACUCACUCGCCUCUAAAUCGUCAUCACCCACGUCGUCUACCACAGAGACCACUCCCGCAGACCAAACCCUCUCGUCCUCUCGUUCGUUCAUCAACUUGAGCUCUCCUCCCCGCUCACAUUACCCUUUCCCCACCGCCUCCAUGUCCAGCACUGGUUCCACCAUCCUCGACCCCCCUCAUGGUCAACCCUUUGCAGACUACCUGCGAACAUGGUCGGACUCGCAUGUCGCGCGAUGGCUCACCGAAAUCAAGUGCAGCGCCCAUACGAACAAAUUUAGAGACAACGAUAUCCGCGGCGAUGUUUUGCUCGAGAUCGAUCAGGAUACCCUCAAGGAGAUGGGCAUACAUAGUGUUGGGGAUCGACUCAGGAUAGUGAAUGGUGUCAAGGCUCUCAGGCAGAGAUGCUCGUCGAGAAGUACCCUCGCUGACCCCUUCCGAGCUCGCCUUCUUUCCGACUCGGGUCGCGAUGUUCCUGGAGUCAAUGGGGUCGAUGGAUCUCAUUCGCGCAGCAGCUCUAGGGAUGACUCGCGUGAUUCGUCGCCCAAUUCUCGGGUUAAUGCUCGCAGGUUAGAGAGCGUCAGGCCGGCUCCUCUGGUGUUGUCAUCCAACACGGCCCGUAACGACCUUCCUCGGCUCAUACGAGAGCCUGGCUCGGGAGACUCUCGUGAAUCGUCACGAACUACGCCGCCUCCCAUCCGCCCACUGCCCCAGCCCGCGCCCAGUAGCUUCAGCAAUUUCUCCAGUGGCUCCACGUCGCGACCUCAGCUUCCUCCCCUACCCCCUGCGCCUCGGGGUCAACCACCUCAGCCACCGACUGGACGUGCCAAUACCCGUUUCCAUCCUCUCUCAGGGCCGCGUGCGCGAACGCCAAACCAAGCGGAUGCUACUCCGUUCGCAAAUUCACCUCUUCCUCCCGCUCCGAGUCAGGGCAUACUGACGCCUCAGUCUAGCACUCCACAGACUGGAGGAUGGGCAGCAUAUGGCUUGCCAUCUGACCCUCGCGCGGGUAUGAAGCAGCCACAAGUGCGUUCUCCCUCUCCACUUGGUUCUGGCGCUCCAGCUCGAUCCAAUGCUGCUCAUAAUCGGAACAUCUCGUUUGGCGGUGUGAGCUCGCCGUUGUCUAGCACGCCGACCGGGAAGUUACCGCCCCGGCCAUCGACGACUGGUAACAACAGCCACCCAUACGCAUCAGCUCAGCCUUCACCUCAGCUUCAACCACAGCCUUCAACUUCCCAGACACUCCAUCCCGGUUCCAAUCAGAACCAGCCUAUUUUAUCUCCCAUCGCCGAAUCAUUCGCGUCCACCAACAGCUCGUCCCCUGGUUCCUCUUCGCCCCCUACUGGAUUCUCUGUUCGGCGUGGCCCCUUCAACCCCGCCUCUCAUAUCAAUAACCCCUCUGAUGCGCGCCACAAGCUCAUCAAAUUCGUGCUACCUGACGAAGGGCGGUCCGCUGUUGUUGAUGUUGCAGACUGUUUCGGAGGUGUUGAGGUGAUGGAGAAAGUUCUGCGCAAGUUCGAUAAGCUCUCUUCUAGAAAGAAUGACUCGAAUAUCAUGAGCCGUGUUGAGACCGAUGAGGGUGGUUUGAGUGUGGACGGAUGGAGCGUAUGCCUGGAGUACGAAGAUAAUCAUGAUAUUCAAGCCCUGUCCGAAGCUGAGCUGCUUGCUAUCUGUCACAGUCCGAUUGACGAGAUUAUGAAAGACCACGGCCUCUAUCUACGUAAGACAGGUCGUGGAAAGCGUUCAAAGGCGCUUGCGCGCAUAUUUGGAGAGGAAGUGCCAGCACCCAUACCAAGGAAUGUCAGCCCGACGUCUCCAGCCGUUCCAUCUAGACCAUCGCCGUCGGCUGACGAUGAUGAUACACCCCUGUCUGCAUUCAACUUGCCAGACAGUAUGGGCCGGUCGAAAGCAAUCAAGCGCGCAAGCACGAUCAGCAUUCUCAGUGGUCUGGGUGUUCGCGAUCCGGAGAAGGCGCUUGAGUCUCCGCCGUCCCCGUCGAUACCAGCGUCGGCGACACUCACUACGCCCGUAGCGGCGAAGAAGCCAUCUAAGCUCCGGAACUUCUUUGGACAACGGCCACCGAGCGAGCUCAUCACGAACCAUCUCACCGAGUACUUCCCCCUCGCCGAGAAGAAGGCCCUGCGCACGGCGCGGCAUAGCAUGAUGCUUCGUUCGUCGAGUGUCCAUGGCAAGCGAGAUAGUACGAUAUCCAUGAAUCCGCCUCUUCCUUCGAGAUUCAGCAUCAGUACCCAAGGCUCGGGGUCUCAGCGACGGUCUUCGUCUCCUACUAGAACUAACAGGAACUCUAUGGCUUCGAGUACUUCGAUUUUUCCCGACAGAUCCAUCAGAGACAGCCAGGAGCACGUACUUGACGAGCCACCACGACUGUCUGUGUCCAACGAGGACGGCCGCUCGGUGAUCUUGACCGGUGACGACGUCGACAAGUUGUCGACGACAGACAAGCAACCGCAGCUACCUCCUGUCGCGUUCCCGACGGAGUCGCUUUCCGAGUCCAUGGAGGAUCUCACCGCGCCCGACCCGUCGAAAGCGGUCUCCCGCACGAGCUCGAACGCGUCUCGGCGAACGAGCCACCUGUCUGAGCUGCGCAGCAAGCGGGAUAAGUCUGACACUGCUAGCUUGCUUACCGUCGAUGAGAUCACUGCGGAGGUUGAGAACCGGCGGCAGAGCAUGGCGGUGGAUAUGGGAGUGGAAGGUGCUGAGGACUGGACUAAGGUGGAGCCGGAUAUUGACGAGAUGUCGGAGUAUAUGGAGGCCGAGCUGGAAGAGGAGGAUGAGGAGGAAGAGGAGGAGGAAGAGGAGGGAGAGGAAGAGGAGGAGGAGGUGGGACAGACUAUGACGUCUGAGACUGGCACGAAGUGGAUCAAAGGAGCACUCAUUGGCGCUGGCUCGUUUGGCAAAGUUUAUCUGGGAAUGGACGCCGAAAACGGCUUGCUGAUGGCUGUGAAGCAAGUAGAGCUUCCGAAGGGAACUGCACCGAACGAGGCACGAAAAAAGAGCAUGCUCGAUGCUUUGGAGCGAGAAAUCGACCUUUUGAAGGAACUGCAGCACCCAAAUAUCGUGCAGUAUCUUUACUCUUCAAACGACGACGACUAUCUGAAUAUCUUCCUCGAAUACGUGCCUGGAGGGUCCGUGGCGGCGUUGUUGCGCAGCUAUGGUGCUUUUGAGGAGCCCCUGGUCAAGAACUUCGUUCGUCAAAUUCUCCAAGGCCUCAACUACCUUCACGAGCGGGACAUUGUCCAUCGGGACAUCAAGGGUGCCAACAUCCUCGUUGACAACAAGGGCGGUGUCAAGAUCUCCGACUUUGGCAUCUCAAAGAAAGUCGUCGAAGGCAAUCUCCUCACUACCAAGCGGAAUCGCACCUCGCUCCAAGGUUCCGUGUUCUGGAUGGCUCCAGAGGUGGUCAAGCAGACCGCGCAUACUAAUAAGGCAGAUAUAUGGAGUGUUGGAUGCCUUGUCGUUGAGAUGUUGACUGGCGAACAUCCUUGGUCUCAGCUCACACAAAUGCAGGCCAUCUUUAAGAUCGGUCAAUCUAUCAAACCCACAAUCCCUUCUGACAUUAGCGCUGAUGCGCAAGACUUCCUGGCGAAGGCAUUCGAUUUGGACCAUACAGCCCGUCCCAGCGCUACCGAAUUCCUUCAGCACCCAUGGCUGGCUGCCAAGAAGUCCAAAGCGCCAGCACGGGUCUGA